UGUGCUAUUCAAGAUGGCGGCAGGAGGUAGCGUUUAGCUCUGUCUGGCGAAAGGAAUUUCGAUCAUUUAUUCGCUUUAGGGCGUGAAAAUUAUGCCGAAGAGACGAAAUGGUGAAAUCCCGCUACCUUCCGGAUGGGACAUCGGCACCGACUACGACGGCAAGAUCUAUUUCAUCGACCACAUCAACAAACAGACGACAUGGAUUGAUCCUAGAGACAGGUUGACAAAGCCCCAGUCAUUCGCAGACUGCUUAGGUAAUGAGCUUCCCUUUGGCUGGGAGGAGUGCUACGAUGACCAAGUUGGUGUUUACUAUGUCGACCACACGAACAAAACGAAUCAAAUUGAAGACCCUAGACAACAAUGGAGGCAACUUCAAGAGGCUAUGCUCAAAGAGUACCUGCUUACUGCUCAGGACGACCUCGCAGCCAAACGCGAGAUGGUGGAUGUCAAGCACCAGCGACUAGCCAUCGCUCAAGACGAGUUUGACCACCUGUCUGGUGCCCUAAAGGGUCUUUCACUGCAUGGGAGCUUGACCACUUCCCUGCACUCUUCUUGCACCUCAGUGGCGUCGCGUACCAGCUCACUGGACCCUGAGCUGCUACGCUCUGAUGUGGGCCGGGCACGGCAUCGUGUGGCCAAGCUGCGUAGAGAGCUGGAACAAGUGAGAUCUGAAGUCCACCAGCGGGAACAAGGACUAGAAGCUCUGCGGCGAGUUGAGCAGCAGUUCUGUGAGCUCCCAGCGGGCUACAGCCUUGACCAGGCAAAGGCCGUGCUUGAAGAACUUUGCAGUGUACAGCGCUCCUUGGGCAAAGGUCACAGAGAAAAGACGCAGCUACUGCAGCGACUGUGGCAGCUGAAGGAGGAGUUGACGCGGGAUGUGUUGGACUCCCGUGUGCCGGAGGAACGGCCGUGCGCAGCCUCGCAGACUGAUCUGUCUGGUGAGCUGGCUCCCUUGGGUGCCCGACUUGCCGAGGUGGCUCGCACGAGGCUUAGCUACGAUGAGGCACGGCGUGAAGUACAGCGCAUCCAGCGCGAGUUGGCAGACCUCGAAGACAGACUGUCGCCUGGACAAGCCGAAUCCGAUCAGGACAGGCUCCUCCUGGUACGUGAAAAGGAGCAGCUCCUGCAUGAGCUUCGUGCACAGCUGGAGCGGGGAGACUCGCCUGUGCUGCGAGAGGAGAUUUCACGGCUAGAGCGAGACCUGGGGGAUGCCCUGGAGAGCUCCAACCGUGCCAUUGCGCAGCGGCUGCGGCUGCAUGAACAGAAGCAGCUGCUGUUGCAGCAGCUCAGGGAUGCGACACGUCUCACGGCGUGCCUCGAGACACGCCUCCAGAGCCUGUCGGCCAGCACGCUGUCUGCCUCAUCAAGCUCCUCUUUGGGAUCCCUGAGCACAGGCAGCUCUCACGGCUCACUCGCCAGCCUGAGUUUUCCAGACAUCUACGGUGGGUGCACGCUAGCCAUGGACAUGGCCUGCCGCCCUCCUCACCGCCCCACAGGCUGCAGUCCACCUCUCUCACCACGCUCCUCACUGUCGUCGCUGUCACCUCCCGUGUCGCCGCACUGUGAUGGGUGCAAGGGCAUGGUAGAGGUACCUCGACCCCGAGGGCCAGAGCCUCCUCUGAGCCCCAUCUGCGAGCAGGAGUGCCUUCGCACGGGUGGUGUGUCUGCUGCCAUCAGUGACGAGUCUGUGGCUGGAGACAGUGGUGUCUAUGAGGCUGCACCCCCAAGGCCUGGGGAUGAGGAAGAGGAGGAAGAAGAUGAUGACGAUGAGGAAGAUGAUGACGACGAUGAGGAGGAGGAUGACGAGAACCCCUUAGACCAAGUGGACUUCCCCUGCCUUCAGCUGCAGCUGAGGCUGCAACACUGCACCCAGGAUGGCAUGCUGAAUUUGCGUAUCGAGAAGGCACGGCACCUUGGCAUCCUUGUGCCUCAAGGUACCUCAGUUUGUGUGCGUGCCACUGUAAUUCCGGGAGGUCCCGGUUGCGGCUGGCACUCAUCACCCUGGGCGCGGCUUGAAGGUCACCAGCCCACAAUACCAGAGGGUACCACCGCCACCACCGGAGACGCUGGCAGUGGUCAGACUGGCGGCGAAGAAGACACCCUUGGCCUGGAACUUCACCUUCCUGUGGGACCUCGGCUAGCAGGUCACGCCUUGCAGCUGCAGCUCUGGUACCAGAAAGCUCGCAUGCUCCAGGAUUGCCUGGGCUGUGCUCAACUGUCCUUGUGUGGCCUGAACCCAUCUGCCAUCUGGCUACGUUGGUUGGAACUCUUCCCCCCUGAAAUGACAGCAACAGGAAAAGACGAAAGCAGUGACGAGUCGACCGUCAUCUCUUCACAAACAUCAACACUCACAAGAAACAUAGCUCCACCAGGCAGGGAAGAGCAGCAGCCUCAGGAGGAGCUUAAGAAGGUGGAACCCUGAGGCCGUCAUCCAAUGAGCCGGUGGAGCACUGUGACAAGGAGACCAACACUGAGUGCGUGUUCCAGCCAGAAGGGCGCC